AUGACAGACGUAAUGUCCCUCUUCUCCCUGAGCGGGAAAACCGCUAUCGUCACUGGGGGAACACGAGGCAUUGGCCAAGCCAUGGCCUUUGCCCUCGCUGAAGCGGGCGCCGAUAUUAUUUUGGUUCAGAGAGACAACACCAACACAUCAACUAAGGAUGAGGUUGUGAACCGCAUUGGCCGCAAGGCUUGGAUUCACGUUGCCGAAUUGGGAGAUAGACAGGCUGUCAAGGGCAUCAUCCCCGCAGUGACGAGUCAAGGACUUAAGCCGGAGAUUCUGGUGAACUGUGCAGGCAUCCAACGGCGACACCCCGCGGAGCAAUUCCCCGAUGAGGACUGGGACGAGGUCCUGGAAGUGAACUUGUCAUCUGUAUUCAUCUUGAGUCGAGAGUUUGCCACAUACCUGCUUGCCCGUGACGCCUCUGAAUUCCCCCACGGUCGCCGGGGCUCCAUCAUCAAUGUUGCCUCACUGCUGACCUUCCAAGGCGGAAUUACUGUCCCCGCCUAUGCGGCAUCCAAGGGAGGCAUUGGGCAACUGACCAAAGCACUCUCAAAUGACUGGCUUGCCAAGGGCAUCAAUGUUAAUGCCAUUGCGCCCGGGUACAUCGCUACCGAUAUGAACACGGCUCUUAUUAACGACGCUAGCCGCAAUGCGGGGAUUAUGGCCCGCAUCCCUGCUGGUCGCUGGGGAAGUCCUGAAGAUUUCAAGGGUGCGGUGGUGUACUUGGCCAGUCGGGCAAGCAGCUAUGUGUCAGGUGAAGUCCUCACUGUGGAUGGUGGAUGGAUGGGACGGUAA